AUGCCAAAGCGCGGGGGUAGCUUAACGAGGCAGCGCAGUAUUUCAGAAAGCGAAGAGUUAUCCGUCAGCUCUAGUCUUGACUCAGAGUCGGAGCUUCUUGAAUCACAACCCGAGCUUUUGGAUAGUGAAUUUCAUGGCUACGACGAAAGUCUCGAUCCCGUCCCAAACGGGGAAGAGGCUGCUGAAUACGAGCAGCAACUCCACGAGGAGAAUAAGCAAGAAGAGGAGCUUCUCCGAAGAUUUUCAAGGGAGCAAGAUAUUUCCACAUGGUUCAAGUGCUCGAACUGUUCGCUCAAGUUAUUAGUCACAAAGGAAGAAUGCCGAUGCUGCACAGAGUUUGCAACAUGCAAAAAAUUACAAGAAGUUGGUUUGGAGGGAUGCAUUGUUGACCAUCCAGGAUUCAGUGUGAAUUGCCUCAACGAGUGGGUACUACGGACAGCAGCUGUUGGACUAAAAACAAGGAAGAAAAAAUCCUAUACUUCUGUCAAAUCUGCAAAAAAUGCAUCCGAAUCUGAAUUUCUGAGGUCUGUGGCCUACAGACAAUACGUGCGCCUGGUAUAUGAGUGUGUCGGGUGGUCAAAGAGGGCAUCUCUCCCAAGUUGUGUCUACAACAAAAUACGGGAAGCAUUCCCUAGCGAAACAUUUCAUGGAUUUGAAGAGGAUAAGGAGGAUGCAAACUCUGAAGACAUGGAGUUUGAAUAGGAUUUUUCUUCCUUGUUUUUAUUCCAACAGCUUCUGUGCAUAGUAACCACUCGUUGUGACAAUCUACACUGAGCCCUGGAUGGUCAACAAUACAUCUCUAUAAACCCACAUUCUCAAUUUGUUUUGCUGUUUUUGCAAGCUCUAUGCAGCAUUGGUAUUCUUCCUUCAUGACUAAUCUCUUAAGUGAACAAAGCAAGCACUUGCACCUGGUGGAAUUGAACAGUGAAACAUCGUAUUUAUUUCUCAUUAAUCAGUUUCCAUGUUAGCCAAAUUGCUCUGAAUUGACAAUUGUAUGUACAUAUUUUCAGCUCAUUCCAUUAUGCUGACAUAAAAACAGAAAUCUUA